AUUUGGUCUAACUUCCGAUCUCUCAUUGCUUCCUCUUUCUUCCACUUCUUCCUUUCCUAAUUUCUUGAAGAGGAAGACCUUUCGCAUCGCUAUAUAUCACCACGGAAUCAGUUGAAUUUAGGGUUUUGUAUUAGUUCUCGAUCGGCGAUGGAGCGAACAAGCAACGGAGGUAUGUUGUACCACGAGGUGCAGGAAGCAAAUCUGUGCGCCGUUCACUGCGUCAACACGGUGCUGCAGGGACCUUUCUUCUCCGAAUUUGAUUUGGCUGCCGUCGCUUCCGAUCUCGACGGGAAGGAGCGUCAGGUCAUGCUCGAAGGCGCCGACACCGGAGGCUUAUCCGCCGGCGAUUUCUACUCUGAGGAGUCGCACAAUGUUUCCCUCGGCGGCGAUUUCAGUAUCCAGGUCUUGCAAAAGGCAUUGGAAGUGUGGGAUUUGCAAGUGAUUCCGCUCAAUUGUCCCGAUGCAGAGCCUGCGCAGAUAGACCCCGAGCUUGAAAGUGCCUUCAUCUGCCACUUGCAUGACCAUUGGUUCUGCAUAAGGAAAGCAAACGGCGAAUGGUACAACUUUGACAGCCUCCUCGCAGCACCGCAACACCUAUCGAAAUUCUACCUCUCUGCAUUUCUCGACUCGCUCAAGGGCUCGGGUUGGAGCAUCUUCAUAGUGAAAGGAAACUUCCCUCAGGAAUGUCCCAUGUCGUCUUCCUCUGAAGCUUCAAACGGUUUCGGACAGUGGCUUUCUCCUGAAGACGCGGAGAGAAUAUUGAAGAACACGAGCUCGGUGCAGAGUCCUGUCACCAACAACAACAGAGGUAAUGACAAUGUGGAUCAGCAAAGACCAUAUCAGGCGUUGUCGCGGGAGGAAGUGCGGGCGUUUUCAGAGAUGGAAGAUGAUGACUUGAAGGCAGCGAUUGCAGCGAGUUUGCUUGAUGCUUCUGCGGCUGGUGCCAAUCUCGGAGCUGUUGGGACUUCUCAAAAGGAAACUAAUAAACAAAAGUAGGAGAGAGAAUAGAGAAGAAGCUUUAUUGAUGAGGAGGGUGAGGAACAUUCACUUUUGUUUGGUUUUGGGUUUUUUUUGUAUUUGGUUUGUUACAAACAAUUUUACAUACAGAACAUAAAAGCUUACAUCGAUAGAAACCAGAGAAUAAACGAUUUGUAAAAUGGUGUUUGUUUGAUUUCUUUUUUGGUAAAUCCCAAAGCCAUCUUAACUUCUGAGUUCUGAUAAUCUUAAACCAGAUUAUGAAUGACUAUAGAGGAGUUUUACUUCAUUUUUUCUUGAACUUGUUUGUUUCAAAAAUGAUCAUUGUUUCAAUUAUUUGUUUAUUUCAUCAUUUAAGAAAAAUAAAGUAUAUUACUUUUUCU